AGCGGAGGGCUGCAGUUCAGCUCCUGGAGUCACAGGGGGCCGGGCGUGUCCCGCCUCCCAGCCCCCAGCCUCCCAGCCCGACGCGGCCAUGCUGUCCCGCCUGCUGAAGGAACACCAAGCUAAGCAGAAUGAACGCAAGGAGCUACAGGAAAAGAGGAGAAGAGAGGCAAUCACUGCGGCGACCUGCCUGACAGAAGCUUUGGUGGAUCACCUCAAUGUGGGUGUGGCCCAGGCCUACAUGAACCAAAGAAAGCUGGACCACGAGGUGAAGACCCUACAGGUCCAGGCUGCCCAAUUUGCCAAGCAGACAGGCCAAUGGAUCGGGAUGGUGGAGAACUUCAACCAGGCACUCAAGGAAAUCGGGGACGUGGAGAACUGGGCUCGGAGCAUCGAGCUGGACAUGCGCACCAUUGCCACCGCCCUGGAGUACGUCUACAAGGGGCAGCUGCAGGCUGCCCCAUCCUAGCCCCUCCCCCUCCUCCUCCGCCCAGCUCCUACCCCUGCGCCCUCCCCAUGGGGCAGGAGGGAAGCUAACAGGCCACAAAUAAAACACAAGUUUCCAUUUC